GCAGGAAUUGUCGAUCAAUUUAAUUACCUUCCAUCUCUGAGGUAGUUGUGGGAGAAAUUCACCAGUGUUGAGAGUUCUUAGCAAAGCAGCUGGAAUUUUUCUUGCAGGAGCAAAAAUUGUGGAUUCCUGGUCUCCUUUUGUCAAGUUCUGGAUAAAUGGCUGGACAGAACAGUUUUGCAGGUUUUGACAUAGCUCAACAAAAUCAUUAUUACUGGUACUGGCAAAGGGUGAAGCGAGAGUUCCAGCCACUGCAGACUUACCGCUGUGGUCCCUGGUAUGAGCGACAAGAGGGCAGUUAUCCUCCUUCUGGCUACAGCUAUGGCUGCGCAGAGGGCGGAAAUGGAGACAGUCUUCUUUCUGCGCAGGGGACCCCAGAACACCCAGCUGGAACUUCGGUUGUUAUAUCCGAGGGAACCACAGCUCUGGCUGAAAACCGGGAUGAAGACUCACUAGAAGAUCCACAUCUUCACUUCAAUAUUGAGACCUUAAACAAGGAGUUUAUGGUGAAAAGUGAAGAAUUCUACGACUCCCUCAUGAAUUGCCACUGGCAACCUCUGGAUACAGUUCACUCUGAAAUCCCAGAGAAGACCCCAGAGUGAAGCAAGGUGUUCAUUCAGCUACGCAAUAUCCUAUUAUUCUAUUUCUAUUUUUGGUUUUGCAGAGAGAGAAAAAAAAAAAAGUAUUCUCCCAGGAAUGUAUUCUCCUAGAAAUGUACUGGAUUCUGUUUGUAAAUACAAACUUCCAGGGACUAAAGUGUGAUUGACAUGAUCAAAAGUAAUGUGAAUAAACUUGACCAGCACAUCUGUUCCUGACAGUGUGGUAUAUU